GGGGCGUGGCCUCGGCGGACGUUGGGCCGCCCGCCGUUGGCUGGCGGCGCGCGGGAGCCCUGCCCCGACCCAGUCCUCCCGGGAGUCUCGCGCCCGCUCCGCCCCCUUCUCUUUGAAGCGCGCGGACACGGAGAGACUUCCGCAGCGCGUGCGCCGCGCUCAAACAAGGCGAGAGAAGAAAGGCUGGCAGAUGGCGCACGCGCGGUUGAGACAGGGCAUCGGAGGGAAGAUGGACAGCGCGCCGUGACCCAGGAUUUGCGCAUGCGUCUUACUGCAGGCUGAAGCCGAACCUUGGGGACCCAGGACACCUUCGUACGCAUGCGCAGGAGGCUCAAUGACAGUCGAGCGUUGGCUAAGGCUCCAGGGAAAGGGUCUGGCUAUGCUGCUGGUGACCCGGGGGGUCUGGGGACUCAGGGUCCGAGUAUGGUCCCUGUUGCCCACGCUUCUCGGGCCCCCCCGGGCCCUGUCGUCGCUAGCGGCCAAGAUGGGGGAGUACCGCAAGAUGUGGAACCCCACGGAGCCCCGCGACUGGGCCCAGCAGUACCGCGAGCGGUUCAUCCCGUUCUCCAAGGAGCAACUGCUCCGCCUCCUGAUACAGGAAUUCCACUCCAGCCCCGCGGACAAGGCAGCCUUGGAGUUGUUUGCGGCGCACGUGGACUUCUGCACCUUGUUCCACUACCACCACAUCUUGGCCCGACUGCAGGCCUUGUAUGACCCCAUCAACCCCGACAGGGAGACCCUCGACCAGCCUUCGCUUACGGACCCACAGCGUCUGUCCAACGAACAGGAGGUGCUCCAGGCUCUGGAGCCCCUGCUGGCCCAGGCCAAUUUCUCCCCGCUGUCUGAGGACGCUCUGGCCUACGCUCUGGUGGUCCACCACCCUCAGGAUGAGGUCCAGGUGACAGUAAAUUUGGAUCAGUAUAUCUACAUGCGGUUCUGGGCCCUGGGCCAGCGAGUCGGGCAGAUCCCCCGUAAGUCCAGCGUGGGCUCCAAACGUGGCUUCAUCAGGUCGCCCCCCGCAGAGAGGAGGUACUUCAAGCGGGUGGUGCUGGCGGCCCGAACGAAGCGGGGGCACCUGGUGCUGAAGAGCUUCAAGGACACGCCGCUGGAGGGUCUGGAGCAGCUGCUGCCCGAGCUGAAGGUGCGCACGCCCACCCUGCAGCGUGCGCUGCUCAACGUCACGCUUGUCGUCUCGGGCGUGGUGUUCUUUGUCAACGUGGGCAUGGUGGUGCUCUCGGACCUCAAGAUGGCCACCUCCCUGCUGCUGUUGCUCUUUGCCGCCUUCAUGGGCCUGCGGGCCUCCAAGAUGUUCGGACAGCGGCGCAGCGCGCAGGCGCUGGAGUUGGCGCACAUGCUCUACUACCGCAGCACCUCGAACAACUCGGAGCUGCUCAGCGCCCUGGCCCUGCGCGCGCAGGAGGAGCACGCCAAGGAGGCCCUGCUGGCGCACAGCUUCCUGGCCCGGCUGCCCCGGACCGCCCGCGGCGCGCCGGAAGAGACCUCCCUGUGGCUCCAGUCCGAGGUAGAGAACUGGCUUCUGGCCCAGUCGGGCUGUGACGUGGCCUUCAACGGAACUCGGGCCCUGGCCCACCUGCAAGCCCUGACCCCCAGCAUCGGGAUGUACCCGCCCCCGGGUUUCCCCAAACUAGACGCGUUGCCUGCAGUCAUUUCCGAGUCCCCCGGGUCCGCACCCAGUAGUGACAAGCCCUGAGCGAAACCACUGCCCAGCCUCGCCCAGCCACCUGGUUAGGAACUAAGCCCCGCCUCCUCCACGCUCAGCUGUCAAUCACAGCCACUUCUGCUUUGCCCCUCCCCAACUUCCACUUACCCACAAGCAAUCGCUUUCGUUACUCCGUAUUCUCAGACAAAGCCGGCAAUUGAGGCAGCCUAGGGUUGCUAGGCAAGCCCCCGCCCCAGCGCAGCCAAUCUAAGCUUUUUGGCUUCUGCGGCGGUUCCAUCGCUUAGUCCCACCCCCGCCGUAAACAUCCAAACGGAGUUCGGCCGAGGAGGAGUGUCAGCCAAUCAGAGCUGCUCAGUGCUACAAACCACGGGGCACAGUUGUUAGACUGUAUCUUCCCGAGGCCAGAGAUCAUUGUCUUUUUAGCCCGCUCCGGGCCAACUGCCCAACUUGCUCGCCGAGGCGGGGCCCCAGCCCACAGCCAACGGGAGCCGCUCAGCCCUGCUCUCUGGCAAACUGCCAACGACAGCUGCCGGGCACCAGCAACCCUGGGCUGCCAGUUGGCGCUGCGUAGAAGAAACCAGUCAACAUUUCUAAAAGGAAACCUGAUCUUUUCCAUGAAUUGACGCUGCUGAUAAAGGCAGGCUAUCUGGUCAGCUGCUGAUCAGCUUGUCCAGGCUGAAGGGGUUGCGAGCCUUGUGUCGGGCAGAAAACCGCGGGUCAGGAGGAAGCAGCGACUACCCUCCCUCCAAGACGCAUUUCCAACUCAGGCCCCAACAACCUCAGGUGCCUUUCCUGCCCGGGCCCCUCACCCUUUCUGCAGAAACUACCUCGGUCUGGAUCUUUCUUCCACCAGUGGCCUGUGCAAUAUUUAUUGGUCUAUCAAUUUCGCCCUCGUCCUCUCUCCCAAAGGAAUAAAUCGUGUGCAAUGAA